ACUGUAAUUUGAUCAACCUCAUAAUAUUUUCAUUCUGAUUAAUUGAUCAGUUUGUUCAUACAUCAUUCAUUGCAAUUUAAUAUGCAAACAAAUGUUCAGAAAUGAAAAUAUAGGUGGCCAUGGUUAAGAACUUUUUGCGGUUUUCUUAUUCAGAUUUUUGAAACUCCAAACUUUGUUUUUGAGGUUAUAUUUUUUUAUUUACAAUUACAAUACUUGCUCGAACCUGACAAAGUGACAAAAAUAGUGUUAUUUUCUUGCCGUAUUUAAUACAUUAUACAUUUUGAUUUAGUUUUCCUCAAUCUUCAUCAAAUCAUGUCAAAAAAGAAGGGAGUAAGUGCAGAUGAAAAACGAAACAGGAUCCUUCAGUUAUUUUACGAGAAGAAAGACUUUUUCAAUCUAAAGGAAGUGGAAAAGAUUGGCCAGAAAGAGAAGGGUGUGAAGAGUCAGUACAUCAAAGAUAUAGUUCAAAACUUGGUGGCUGAUGGUCUUGUAGACUCUGAUAAGAUUGGAACGUCCAUCUAUUAUUGGUCUGAUCCAAGGAAAGCUAUAAAUGCUAAGAAAAGAUCACUAAGCGAUAUUGAGAAUAAACUUGAGGAAUGUAACAAAAGGUUGAAGAAAUCAAAAGAUGGACUAUUGGAUGCAAAGAUCGGUCGAGAAGAAACUCCUGAACGAGCUACUCUUAUGAAAAGGUUGAGCGAGUUGGAGGAAGAAGAACUAGCUGUUAAUAAAGAAUGGGAAAAGUAUAAACAUGCUGAUCCUAAACUUCUUGAAAUAAUGACAGAGGAAGUGAAGGUUGCCAAAGAUGCUAUCAACAGGUGGACCGAAAACAUAAUACUUACCAAAUCUUGGUGUAAAAACAAGUUUGGCAUUGACGAAAAAACGUUGGACAAACAAUUUUCUAUACCUGAAGACUUUGAUUACAUUUAAUCUACUGCAAUCCGAGAAUUGCUUUUGCUGAUUUAAAGUUUCACGACUAGUCAUUAAGGGAAUAAUAAUAUUAUUAAUAUGAUUGAUAAUUUUCGAAUAAGUUGAGCUAAAUAUUUAGUAUUGCAUCAACUGUUUAAAGUUCGUCCAUUCAAUAGCACUUGUAUUUCGUUCAUAUAUUACGGCACCCAACUAGACUGAUACAGUACCUGAAAAUAUAAUAGUAGCCUUUCGGAAUUGUAAAAAAAAACAACUUUGGAGUAAUUAAUUCAUUGAGUUAUGAUACAUGACUCAUUUUCGAUCAUCAUCGAAUCAAUUCAUAGCCUAAUACCAUUUGAAUUUUUCUAUUUUUCAUGUUCUAUUUUAACUAACUUAUUCAAAUAUACACAUAUCAUAAAAAAGAGAUACUAAAGGCUUAACUCAAGAUUGCCUCUCUCCCGAAUUUUGAUGAAGUACUAUGUUACGUGUUGAAAAUAAACAUAUUUUCAGAUGCAGGAUUUGUAAAUAGUGAAGUAAUAUUAAAGAUAAAACUUUUGAUUAGUAUAAGUAGUAUUUUUUCAAUGACGUUUGAUAAAAAGCUCUGAAUUUUAAUAUAAAUUCGAAAUCUCAAGGUUGACUACUGGUAGCAUAAACUAAUAUGUAAGCAGUUAGCUGAGACCCGGCCUCAAAGGCUGAGGCCAAUCCAGAAAUAGGCCUCAAUACAAAACUCCUCCGGCCUUCAGGUCGAAAAUGCAAGAUUGAUUCCUCAAAUUGCCUCUACGUGAUUCCUCGAAGUGAAGUUCCUUCAACGCAAAUUGCUUUUGAACUCUGCCUUGAGAAUGUUCAACUAUUAAACUUUCUCGAAGGUGAAGGUAUGAAUAUGAAAUAAUAAUAAUUAGUAAAUUCAGUGACCUAUUCUCAGGAGUAUAAGACCAAUCAGUAAUCGAAUUUUAUUAGUUGACGUUAUUCUUUGCCAAAAUAAUUGCCGGUCAACUUGGGUUGCACCUACAGGAUCAACUAUUUUGAAAUAGCUAAUACCCAAGGAUAGUAUAUAACUGUAUACUAUCCUUGAAUCAUACCUGCUACUUAGCAUCACAAUGUUCCAGGAUUGAUUAUUAUGCUCUCAUAAAAAAUUAACAGUAUAUUAUCAGUUGAAAUCUAUAAUUGCUAAAUAUCCCAUUCAUUAGUUCUCUAAUACAGAAUAAUACCUCAAUUUUCUAUUUAUGAAUAACAUUUUAUUUGGCCAGUCAAUAUUUCAACAAAAUUAAGCUUGAAUUUGUAUUUAAUCACAUUAUUAAAAGCUAUAUUUUAUUUAAAAACAUUUAUGUUAUAUAAAAUUAAAUUCAAUUCGAUAAAAUGUAUGUUAUUCAGUUAGAUAAAAUAGCAAUAAAUUCAGAUACAUUGCUUGAAUUUUAUGAUUUAUGUUCUAUUACCUAAUUCAUAGAAUUAUUACUGUUCAAAUGGAGUUUUAAAAUCUUUUAUUUCUAUCAAUAUGAUUGAAAUUCAAUUUUCAAUUACAUUAUUAUUGCUUCUGUAAGUACAAUAUUAUUUAUAGAUCUCCUAACAACAAUAAUUGCAAUAAGAAGAGAUUGAUGAAUACAUAAUGUAAUGAAUAAAUUAUAAAGAAUCUUAAUACGGUUGUUCCUAGCAUGCGCAUGGAGCUUCGAAUAUGACAUGAAAAUUAUAAUACAAAACUGAUAAGUUGAUAUAAAAUCUAUGUUAUUCAGUUGGAUAAAAUAGCAAUAAA